GCUUGUAAAGAACUGGAAUAUGAACUCGACAGUCUGGAUUGUGGAUAGUUAUGAAGAGGCUCUUGCCAAAAACAUUGUGAUUGUUUCUCUUGGUCUUAUUAUUAAUUUCAUUAACGGAAUGCUAGUGGUGACUUUCUUCUCCCAUCCAAUGUUUUCAAGAGACUCCAGAUACAUUUUAUACAUUCACCUGGUAAUCAAUGACAUUCUCAUGAUAUGCAUAUCGGUGACUUUAUACAUGUUGACCUACGUUGCACGACUUGUGAAUGCUUCAUUGUGUUGCAUAUUGGUGGUUCUUGGUUCAGUCACUUUUAUGAUCACUCCAUUGAAUCUGGCUGGUAUGGCAAUAGAGCGUUUCAUUGCUAUCUGUAAACCACUGCAUCACGCUCAGAUUUGCACACCACAAAGGACCUACAUUUUUUUAUGUUUGCUAUGGGUUAUGGGAGCUAUACGUUCUAUAGCAGAUAUCAUUAUUUCACUUUUAACCCAACCCAUAUCUUUCUUCAGAUCGUUUAUAUCUUGCUACCCAAAUUAUUUGUUCCCUUCCAAAGCCCACCAGGACAACACCACUGCUUCACAAGUCAUUUAUAUGUCACUGGUGUGGAUAGUUCUCAUCUAUACUUAUUGCAGAGUCCUGUUCACUGCCAGAAAGGCAGUUUCAAAGGGUUCAGCUAAUAAGGCUCAGAGUACAAUUUUGUUGCAUGGUGUCCAGUUACUUCUUUGUAUGCUUUCCUAUAUCACUCCUUUUCUGUUUAUAAUUACUACUCCUUUUUUCCGUCUUCACCAAACUAAGAUCAAUUUCUGUGUUUAUCUGUUAACAAAUAUUUUGCCAAGAUUACUAAGUCCUUUGAUAUAUGGAGUCCGAGAUCAGAAGUUUGUGAAACAAAUGAAGGAAUACUUUACUUGUAACAUUAUUAUUGUAAAGAUAGUGCCAUCAUAAUAAUGAAUUUUAUUAGGCUACAAUUUAUUUAGAAAUCAUUUGAUUUAUUUGUGUUUGUUUAUUUAUGACACUUGUUUCAUGUUGAGAUUUGAGAACAUCAAUAAGAGCAGAAACUCUGUGUGUAGAUGAGAAAAUAUCAAACUGUGUGGCAAAUACAAACAAAUUAUGAAUGAACUUUACUCAGGACUAACUUUACUUUUCUGAGCCAUUUUUGCUCAGUGUCUUUUAAUCAGCUGAUGUUUUUGUGAUUUUUAAUGGAUGUUUGAAAUCAGUUCACCUCAAGUUCACGUUCAAAGGUGUUGUUAAUCACAUUAACUA